GCUCUACUGAAACCCCACCUCACUUUCGCUUACGGUCGUCUGGAAGUCCAUGGGCUGUGCAUAAAACUUCGUCUCCACUAAAACUUCGGUUUCACUACGGCUACUACCAUUCACUAUUUUUCUUUAAGCUCAAACUCACCCCAAACGGGACAGCUACCGGAUAGUAUUUUUUUUUAUGGCGCCAAGCUUGAAUAACGACAGAUGCAACGAGCAGCCCACUGUCUCCCAUGGAUCUCCCACAAUAUCCGCGCUCAUGUUUUCCGCCGGCGUCCUCGGGAACGUGGUCGCCCUAAUUCUCUUGGAGAUGCGGCGGAGGAAGCAGCCCGCAUCUUUGUUCCAAGUCCUAGUCACGUCUUUGGUCUUCACGGAUUUGCUGGGAACCUUCUCGGUCAGCCCUCUGGUUUUAACCGCGUACCUGAGGAACGAAUCUUUGGUCGGGAUGAGUGAGAACCGAUUGGUUUGCGUACACUUUGGGUACGCGAUGACUUUUUUCAGCCUGGUCACUCUCGCCAUUCUUCUCUCCAUGGCGGUGGAGCGCUGGCUCUCCAUCGGACACCCUUACUUUUACGAGAAGCGCUUGAGUAAACGAUGCGGGUACAUCGCCGUCGCGCUCAUAUACCUGCUGGGCGCUCUUUUCAGCGCCACACCUUUCCUCGGUUUUGGGGAGUUUAUUCAGCACUGUCCCGGGACCUGGUGCUUUAUCGACAUGCACCCGUCUGCGAACAGGCACGUGGUGUUCAAUAUCAUCUACGCGUCAUGUUUGCUCGUCAUGAUAGUGUGUACGGUUCUGUGCAACGUCUCCGUGAUCUAUCACCUUUUGCUCAUGUACCGAAGAAGCAAGGCGCGGCGGAGCUCGGUCCGUCGGCAGCGGGGACACAGGAGACACCGGUCCAUCGCGAAGGAGGUUGAACAUCUUGUGCUGCUCGGGUUCAUGACAAUAACGUUCGUCAUCUGCUUUCUUCCUCUUGUGAUUCAAGUGUACAUCAACACUUGUUGCAACCAACCUCAUCACAAAAGCGAUCGCAUAAUCCUCCUUUUAGUGUCGGCCAACCCCAUCAUAGACCCCUUGGUCUUCAUCAUCCUCAGCCCCCCAGUACCUCGUCUGCUCUGGGACAAGAUGUGCAAGACCGCAAAGUUCAAACCCACGCAGGAGAAGGUCCACAGCAUCCAUCCAGUCCUGUAUCAGUCAAAGCCACCCGAAGAUCCAGAGGGAAGCAGUGUGAUGAAAGUCUACACCGGAGUUCCUGGAACUGCUGGCUCCUGAUCUCUAAAACUCAAAAAAAAAACUCUUUUUUUGCUUGUGGGAAAGAUUGUGGAGUGAUCGCUCACUCGCAUAAUGAAAAUAGCAGAGGAUGAAGAUCCACGUCGAUGGAUAACCGAGCAGAUGGAUGUAGGACCUGAGGAUGAAGCGUCUAUAAUAUAAUGGAGAAUAUAAAAAGAGUACACUUAAACUUAUUUAUUGCCUUUAUUUAUGGAGAGUAGAACAUUUUUGUACGCCGGAAGGAAAACAAGUGUUUAUUUAUCAGGAGGAAAUCUAAUGGUAAAUAUAAAUAAACAUUUACAGGCCGAAAUGAAGAGCUGUGCUUCCUGUUUCAACUGCGUGGGGAAUGCGGUUCUUGUGUGACUUCAUGCUUCAUCGUUUUUUUUUUUUCUACGUUCCGUUGCAAAUGUAUGCAGGACUGAAUCGUGUCCUAGCAAGUCGGUUUCAUUGUGAAAGAGCUGAACAGCUUGACGGAAGACAGUCGUUUGGAGGGAAGGUUAAGCGGGCUAAACUGAGGAAAUAAAGGUUUUUCCUUGAAGGAACUGCUUUGGAUCAGUCUCCUGAUAUUGCGGUUGCAAGAUGGUUUUAAAACGAUCUUGAAGUAUUGAUAAAAUUACCAUCAAGCGAAACACAACCGACAAGUACAUGUCUCUGCGGUUUCCAAAAGAAAUGGCAGUAAAAACAAAAAUGUACAGUUUUGAUAAAAGCGUCGUUUCACACAAUUCCCUGAAGAAUAUCAUGUUAUGACUUCAAAGCGAUAUUAAUAUGCUGGGUUGUUUGAAAACCGAUGCUUUUGAACCGGUUUGUUCUGCAGCUCACAGAGCACGGUUCAGUUCUGCGUAAAAGGAAGUUGAAACGACACGGCGGCAUCGAAAAAUGUGUUUUUAUAUCAGUUUUGCAUUUGAUAACACUGUUGUGCUGUUUAGGGGUGGAUUUGGUGUAGGGCACAUUUACAACAUUAACCUCUAGAUACAAUCCACGGAUAUUCGCAUUCUUAAGUUUAGAUGUAUUCACGGUAGGAAAAUUAAAAAACACCUUCAUGGAACGUGAUUACUUUUAUUUUUUUAAUAAUUUUGACCCAUACAAUGUAUUUUUGGAUAUUGCUACAAACAUACCCUUAAGUAUACCUACUUCUGACUGGUUUUGUGGUCAAGGGUCACAAAUGGAAAAAUAAAUAAAUUGGCUCCAAUGUUGUGUGGUUCCUCGACGUA